AUGAAUCUAACUGUGCCUGAAGCAGCCGCUACACCAGACACAAUACAGUUUAAGCUGGUCUAUACAGAUAGUGAAGGAGAAACUGUCGUGUUUCGUACUUUCCCCCAAAUAAGCUGGAUCUAUAAUAGAUUGUCAAAGGCAUUUCUAACCAUCGUACUUCCACCAUUGCCUGAGAAACCGCUUACAUCACAAAUUGAUGACCAAGAUUAUGUUGAGCGAAAAAGAUUACAGGUCGAAAGAUUCUUUAAGAAACUUACAUCUCGAGCGGAACUUGUGAAUCAACAGGACUUUGUUCAUUUCCUAUCAAGCGAUAUGACACCAACAGAAGUUGGACCACUCACGACUGGCGUACUUUCUUUCCUAAGGUUUAACAAAAAACCAAACGCAGACAAAGGAUUUAAAUCGUACAAGGCAUCCGAGCUUAUCGAGGGAAAUGAUCAAGAUACGUUUCAUAAGCAUCAAAUAUAUAUUUUACUACAAGAAACCUAUUUUGGAUCAAUAGCAGAGUCCUUAAAUCAGCUUAUUCAAGUGAGGGAAUGUUUAGGCGACGCAUUAAUCCAGAUGGGUGAUUUAAUAAUUGAGACAACACAGAGUAAAUACAGACUAGGGCCUGGUGCCAAGCCUGAAGCGAGAGAUUUGCAAAGAAACCUUGAUAAAAGAAUGCAGAUAUUUGGUUUAUUGAUGGAUGAGCUAGGAUUCAUAUUCACAAGACAAGGAAAAGAAGAAAACAUGAAGUUUGGUGAUGUGAUGAUUGAAUAUAAAAAUUCAUUGGAUCCGUUAAAGGUCGUUUUUAAUACGAGAACCGCAAGUUUGAUGGAUUAUGUUGAACAUUUAAAGAUCAGAAAUAAGAAGAGAGAUCGUGCAGAUAAAUCAAAGCUACGGCUAGGCCUGAAUCACCCAGAGGUGAAGCAAGUGAUUGCUGAAGAAAUAGAGGCUUCUCAGUUGUUGGAAGAAAAGAAAAAGAAGUUUGACAAAGUACAAGCAAAGGUUAAACAGGAGAUCAAACUAUUUGAGAAUCAAAAGAUCAAAGAUUUAAAAAAGGCUAUAAAAGAUUAUGUGAAUCUAAGUAUACGAUAUGAAAAAAUAAAACUGCAAAAUUUAGAGAAAACAGUAAACGAAAUGCAGCAGCCCGUGAUCAAAUCAGCCAUUCCAUUUAUUUAUCAACAGCAGCAGCAACAACAGCAUAAAGAGGAAGAGCAACAGGACGAACAGGGGAUGUCAUCAUCCUCUUCUGGUAAUUCGUCUACAUCUAAACAAAAGAAACGAAGACAGAAGCAAAAGCAACAUUUACGUCAAAACUACAGUGAAUUGAAGAAGCCUCUGCAAUCGUCAGCAUCUUUGCCAACUAGACAUAAGAAUGAGCUAGAUCAUCCUUCAGAUUGUUCUGAAACAAGCAGUAAUAGCUGUCAUAAAAAGGCUAUACAAGUGCCAUCAAAAGACAGUGAAUCUGCCAGUAAAAUAUCAUUAUCUGCAUCUUAUGAUGACCGUUACUUAAAAUACCCUCUUCAUUCUUAA